GAAGCCACCAGACGUGACGAAAUCACGAAAACUGAAAACAGAACAGUUAUUGAAAGUGGAUGAUCAUGACUUCACUAUGAGACCAGCAUUUGCAGGUCCUGCUAUUCCGGUUGGAGUUGAUGUGCAAGUGGAAAGUUUGGACAGCAUUUCCGAAGUCGACAUGGACUUCACUAUUACAUUAUACCUGAGACAUUAUUGGAAGGAUGAGCGCCUGUCUUUCGCCAGCUCCACAAAUAAAAGUAUGACUUUUGACGGGCGUCUGGUAAAGAAGAUCUGGGUUCCCGAUGUGUUCUUCGUCCACUCCAAGAGAUCUUUUAUUCAUGACACAACCACAGAAAAUAUCAUGCUGAGAGUGUUUCCUGAUGGACACGUUCUAUACAGCCUGAGGGUCACUGUAACAGCAGCCUGCAACAUGGACUUCAGCCGUUUCCCGCUGGAUUCCCAAACCUGCUCCCUCGAACUGGAGAGCUACGCCUACACUGAUGAGGAUCUGAUGCUGUACUGGAAAAGUGGAGAUGAGUCUUUGAGCAUAGAUGAGAAAAUCUCCCUCUCCCAGUUUCUUAUCCAGAAGUUUCAUACUACCUCUCGACUGGCGUUUUAUAGCAGCACAGGAUGGUAUAACCGUCUGUAUAUAAACUUUACGCUUCGCCGCCACAUCUUCUUCUUCCUGUUGCAAACUUAUUUCCCCGCUACACUGAUGGUUAUGCUAUCCUGGGUAUCCUUCUGGAUUGAUCGCCGGGCCGUUCCAGCCAGAGUUUCACUUGGUAUUACCACGGUGCUCACCAUGUCUACCAUCAUCACUGGGGUGAACGCCUCUAUGCCCAGAGUUUCCUACAUCAAAGCUGUGGAUAUUUACCUGUGGGUCAGUUUUGUAUUUGUGUUCCUAUCUGUCUUGGAAUAUGCGGCGGUCAACUAUCUGACCACAGUCCAGGAGAGGAGAGAGAGGAAGCUCAGAGAACGUGCUAGAGAACAGUCAUUGCCCUGCACCUGCGGUAUGUCCCACACCAGGUCCAUGAUGUUGGAUGGGACCUACAGCGAAGCUGACACCAACAGCUUGGCUGGCUACACAGAAGCCCCAAUGGUUCCAGAGAUGGUGGUGCCAGAGAAACAGGAACAUAUGGUGGUUCACUUGUCAGUUAGCAAUGAGUCCAACACCAACAAGAAGAAGGGCAUUCGCGGCUUACGCAUUAUACAGAACACGCACGCCAUUGAUAAGUACUCCCGUUCGAUCUUCCCAGGAGCCUAUAUAAUUUUCAACAUUAUUUACUGGUCGGUUUACUGCUGAUCACGCUUCGGCUAAAGUAUAUGCUGGAGU